AUGGCUGGAGAAAGAAUCGAAGCACAGAGCUUACCACGGUAUCAUGAAAAGCAUUACUACCCGGUAAAAAUUGGCGAGGUGUUUAAGGACCAGUACCGGGUUAUUGCAAAGCUAGGAUACGGGGCGUAUCCCACUGUUUGGCUUGCCUGGGAUCAGAGGGCAGAGCAGUAUACCUCACUCAAAGUAUGUAUUAGCCAAGGUACCGACUCUUCCCCGAUUCUUAACGAGAUCAACAUGCUGCGGCGCUUGAAGAGAUUCGCGGAUACCGAUGAAGGCGACCAUCCCAGGGUGGGGUUUACGCGUCUUGCAGACGAUAUCUUUGAAAAUGAUCAAGCGUCCCUACAUGGCCGAUACUACUGCAUCGCUUCAAAACCCGAAGGCCAGAGUAUUCGCGUGUUACAGGAGGCGUUUCCAAAUAGUAUCCUGCCCAAGCUUCUGGUGAAAUCCAUCAUACACUGCUUGUGGUUUUCCGUCGACUGGCUUCAUUCAGUCUGCGGUGUCAUACAUACUAAUAUUUCACCUCAAAAUGUUCUGAUGCAACUCGAUGAUGAUAGCUGCCUCAAGGACAUCGAGAGCCAAGAGUCACAGGAUCCUAGCGUCCCUAUAAUGACGACUGAUGGAGCGGCUCCCGUAUACAGGUCUCGACGAGCUAAGAUGAUGGAGCUUUUAGGUGACCCGAUUCUUAUUGAUUUUGGGCAAAUGCGGCUAGCAGAAGGACAGACUAACCAGGAUUGGUGGAUGUCUGAUUUGUAUAAAGCUCCAGAGGUCCUCUUAGGCCUGCCUUGGGAGUAUCCUGUUGAUGUGUUCUCUAUCGGUGUCAUGACACUUGAGCUCACGGAAGGGAAGAACCUAUUCGACCCCAUUGACCGAGUCAACAAUCAGUAUGUUCUUCCGUUGGCACUGGCCCAGUAUAUCGGAUAUCUGGGUCCUCCACCACUGGAGAUGAUUCGCAAGAGUCCACUAUUUUCAGCAUAUUUUGAUGAACAGGGCAACUGGGUGUCGGAGCCCCCCAUCCCCAAAACUACUUUGGAGGAAUUCGUCACUACCAUCCCACCAGGAGAGGAAAAAGACCGGUUUCUCCGGUUCAUACGCAAGAUACUAACGUGGGAUCCGGAAGUGAGGGCCGACUCGUAUGAGCUCAUGCAAGACGAAUGGAUGAUGAGGCAUGCUUCAGAGCAAGAUCUGGUGGAAUUGAAGAACCAGCUGUUUUCAUAG